CCAAUGUUCAAAGAAGAGAGGCGCUGGCAGCAAAUGAAUGGUGGAGUGGAGGCUGAAGCCUGAGUGCACUCUUGAUGAGGCGCACUAGUGUGGUCUCAAGUGCGCGAAAAGUUACUCAAGCUAGACGCUUUUGCGCUUGAGAGACUCGAUGUUCGAGAGAAUGCUGCAAGGACUUGCUGUUCUGAGACCAAAAAGCUGGGCAAAGUAGCUGAAGUUCUGAAGCCUUAUCCGAUUGCCCUACAAACUGCGUUCUCUGACAGCUCAAAGGACAAUGCUCGAGCUGUUCACUGCUGGUCCAAAAGUUGGCCCCUUUGGAAGCACAGUCUCAAACACUUUCGUAGCUGCGCAAUGCUGUCCUGCGCCAGGAUUCUUAGGGCUGCUGGCUUCGAAAGCUACCUUGAAGGUCAUCCCAAUGACGACGAGCAGACUCUUACUUACCCCUUUCGCUGGUAUUUCUUUCAGUACUGUCUCACUAGGUAGACCCUUCAUUUCUUUAAAUUUCAGCUGCAGCGCAGCAUCAAUUGCUCAAAGCCCAACCCUCCCUAAGCCUACAAUCAUGAACAGCAAUCCUGGAAAGGCAGUUACAAGCAAGUUUUCAAGAGCUGCCGGCUGGGAGUAUCCUCCAUCACUGUUCCCACUGCCUGAUCCCACAUGGCCAGCCCGUGUUGAGCAUCUUUUGGUGCUGCAAGAGAAGGGCACGGCGGUGGACGAGCUGGAGCAGCAACUAGACCUCCCGCCAAGCUUUGCAGAGGACCUCAUCAAAUUUGGCGCAGUCCACUACGCCCCACUUCUUCCCCCACCCCCUCCCAACUCGCGACCGUCAGUUCAUUCCCAAUGGUCGGAAUCCACCGCAAAGGCGUCAGAUGAGUUCGGCCUGCACCCGUCCAGCCAAGCCCUCAAGCUGAUGAUGCGCGUCGGCAGGCUGCAGGACCCCUUCCGACUUUUGCGGCAGGGGGGCUACCUGAGAGUACAUGUGCACCCUAAAAGGUUCCCCAGGUGCUACGAAGUCGACUGGCGGGGGCGGGUCCUAACGGAGACUCCCGACUACGUCAUUCUGGACAAACCGGCCGGCGUCCCGGUGCAAGGGACCGUUGACAAUCUCGUUGAAAAUUGUGCGGCGUGCCUUUUGGAGGCGCUUGGAUUGGAGGAGCCCCUGAAGGUGACGCAUCGACUGGACGUGGGCACCGAAGGCUGUCUGGUCCUCGCCAAGACGCCGGCGUUCCUGCGGAGCUUCAACCAGCUCCUGGCGGACCGGAAAGUGCACAAGACGUAUCGCGCGCUCGCGGCCGCGCGGCCGCCCCUCGGACGCUUGCUCCACUGGACGCAGCCCAAGUCGUACGCGCCCCGGAUCUUGUCGGACGAGACCCGCGACGGGUGGCUCCCCUGCGAGCUCGAAAUUCUGGCCGUUGAUGAGGUGCCAUGGCCAACGGGGGCCGUCGGAUCGCUGCGGAUGGAGGACGGAGGCUGGCCGCCGCAGGCUACGGCGUACGAAUGCACCGUCCGGCUUAUCACCGGACGUACGCACCAGGUACGAGCUCAACUCGCCCGAGUCGGGUGUCCAUUACUAGGCGAUACUAUGUACAUGCCUGGGCCUGCUAUCGAACACUUAGCUGGUCUGGAACCUUCUAGCUCUAGUUUUGACCUACUGGGUGCGGAACUAAGCCGCAAAGUAGCUCCUUUGCACUGCUGUUUAGAGGACCGGAGGAUCUAUGGUGCGGAACCAGGGGGGCCGCUCGCUUUGCAAGCCUGGAAGCUCCGAUGGGAUAGCGGAACGGAAGAGUACGUUGCCGGAACGCCUUGGUGGCGAACUUGAACACCGCAAACUCUUGCGGAAUUGAAACGACUCAACAUCGACUGAGGCCGGGCAAGAUUGGAUCGACCAAGAGUAAAUGGUGAAUGCGCGC